AUAGAGUUCGGGUAUCAAUAUUCGGAUCUUCCUUUCGCAUCUCACUCUCGAUUCUUGGCAUCUAAUCUCAGAUGCCUUCCAGCUAUCCAAUCCAACGGCCCCCAUUCAUCUCUCUCAUCCCAUAAAUACCACUCAUAUUUUCACCAUGCUUUUCCGAGAAGGCGGAAAGGAAAGAAAUACUCUACUAAUAAAAGGAACCGUCCUCUUACCGCUACUGUGUGACUGUGUGAGAGAGAAAGUGAGCAGAAAUGAGUGCUCUGGAUUCUCCGCUCGAGGUUCUGGCAUUCGACUACCUGCGCUUCGGCCUGUUAACGCUCGUCAACAACGUCUGGACGUGGGUUGCCGUUGUUACGGCUGCCGUCAGCGUGUGGAGAUUAAAGGCUUCGUCAUUACCUGGCAGCAACUUUCCACGUGAAGCAUCGCGCCCGGUUGAGAGACUGGUGGCUGAGCCUGCAUCGGCGACGGCUGUGGUGGCUUCUGCUAUAGUCGAGGCAGCUAAACCUUCGACUGUGGCGGCUCCAUCUUCGCCGUACUUGUUCAAUGCAGAGGGAAGAACGAGCGGGAAGUUUACACUUUACUAUGAUCGGAGGGAGGAGGACGAGGAGGAGGAUAGACGUGAUGACGUAAACGGAGAACUUGACUGCCAGGACGGAUGUGUCGGGGAUGAGAAGCAAUGGUUCGGGGAAGGUUGGUGGGAGGUAACGAUGAGAAUGAGGAUGGGAGAUCAUAUGGGGUUCUACCGUUAUCAGGAUUUAAUGGUGCUAGACGGAAGUGUGGUGAGAUUGUGGGACGGUUUGCCGGCUGAGAGAUGGAGUAAGUAGUUGCGCCCCGUUAAUUAGCUGCGGUGGCGGUGAAGGUGGUACCAUUAUGUGGUAGGUGUAUUUUCAGUGGUGGAUGCAGCAGCGCAGAAUCAAAUAGCCGGCGGACUGGCCCGGCCUUGCCUUGCCCUGACUAGAAGCAAAUUAUUAUUAUAAUUAAUUAAUAAUACGAAGAGAUAGUGGUAUUUACUAUUUAGUUUUGGAGGUGAUCAAUUGAUAAGGAUCAUCCCAAAAAAAAAAAAAUUUUGUACAUAGUAUCAAAUAUUUCUGCUUGUUAAUAAUUUAAGAUUUGCAUUUCUACAAUGUCCCUCUCUCAUUAAACACAACAAUUACAAAAUAACACAACAUCUGGAACUGUGCCUGGGCUUCAUUUCCUGGCGUAUUUUAAUUUUUCCGGUUAUUGGGGUGUGUGUUUGAGUUUUUUUUAUUCAUUACCAGUAUUUUUUUAGUAGCUUCAUUUGACUCAAUUAUCGUCGGAGUUUAGAAUUAAAAUUUAAGGAUUUUUUAUUUUAAUGUGAUGUGAUUACAGAUUAUAAUGAUGAGAAGCCAUAUCCAGUCAAAGCUUCUAUUUCGAAGUCUGUCUCAAUUGUCAGCCACGAGCGCUAAACGGCAGGCAGUCCACAGGAAUCUCAAGCUGAGUGAAAGAGAAAAGAGAGUUAAUCGAUGAUGACACGGCUCAAAUUCUUGUGGCCUCAUUCUCAAAUGUUGACUGAAUUGGAUUGCUAUCCAUCCAUUUCAAAUUUGGACAAUAAAUUCGAAAGGAUGGUUUUAAUUCCCUUUCUUUUUUAUCGGAAAAAAAACUCCCUUUCUUCUUCACCAACCAAUAACAGCUAAGGGACUUCACGUAUUUCACCCAAAAUUUAUGACCACCGGUAAAUCAACGGAUGAAACCUAAGUAGCUGGCUACCAAAAGAGAGACUCUACUUGGAUGUAUAGAUCAGGAGAUCGUGUAUAGGCCAAGGGAUCAAUUGGUCGUGUAAAGAUUGAGAGAUUGAAUCGAUUCCUUGACCUACAUUCUAGUGUCCGGGAUAUCCUGAAAUAUUCGA